AUGCGCUCCACCGACUUGUACUCGACAGUUCUGCGCCAGAUCUUCGACACGCUAUGUCGAUCUCACCCACCGGCGUCGGGCGUGGACAGCGUCAAGUUCAGUAAACUUCUGUAUGAAGCCAACAUCCAACCGAAGUUGUUGAGUAUCGGAGAUGCUGCCUUCCUCUUUGCGAGCAAUCUUACGUCUGGCACCUCAUACGAAAUGGAUUUUGAUGGCUUCACACGUGCCAUGGAGUGGCUUGCACAGCAGUUCUACAGCGAUAACGGUGCGAAUCUCAGCAAAAGCAAGCCUGGCAUUCAGCACGCGAUGUGGAAGUGGCGACGAGGAGAAAACGCUCCUGACCACUUGCAAGAAUCUUUACGACGAUUGUGCUUCGAAACUCUGGUCCAAUUGCCGUGUUUGGCUUCAACUUGGCACGAAAUAAUGGAGUCUUGGAGGCUUGAACGUAAGCGAGAGCUCUUGCGAGAGUACGCACGAAAGUAUUGUGCUGCGACUCGACUGCGUGCGAGUUGGGUCGGCUUCGUCGCUUGGAGGAUUUACUUGAGGCGGCGACAACGAAUGAAGGAGGAGCGUCAGGCAGCUACGACGCUCCAGAGUCUCGUUCGUCGACGAAAACCGUAUCUGGAGUACCAACGAGUACGUCGCGUUGUCAUUCGAACGCAGCGUCGAGUCCACGCCCGGUCAGAGUUGCGUCGUCUUCGUGUAGAGAGAGGAAUUUUCAUUGAACGCAUGUGGCUUCGCUUAGUAAAAUGGACGCAUCGCCACCUCUGGCUUCUGGGCGCGUGGAAACGAUUGAACGCUUUGGUGUUGCGAUUUUCCCUUUAG